AUGGACAGCAGUCCGCUGCCUGACCACCUCCCUAGUGGAGGACCGGGGACGCCGAAUGAGGAGGCGCUGCGCUGCGAAACGCUCAACGUGUUUCGCUCGCAGCUGCAUCAGCUGUCGCGUCACAAGGACCAACUCAUGCCUAAGCCGGACGGCUCCUUCCCAGGAGACUGGCUCCGCCUUGCGUGGGAGUAUCAGUCGCUCGCUGAGCAGAUGAUGCGCUCGCAGCGCUGGCCAGGCAACUACCCCGAGGGUCUCCUCGCAUGCGUCAACGAGCAAGUCAAGUACCUGCGGCGCAGACUCGGGAAUUUCACCACGAUUCCGGACGACGACAAGAAGGACAAGUUCCGGCGCGUGUAUGUGUUGGCGGCGCUGGGCAUCAUCGCGAAGCUGAAGCUCGUCACGUUCUGUUGGACGUUCGUCGAGUUGAAGCGUGGAGAGCAGUACGCGGCGUACGCGUCGAGUCAGGGCGUGGGAGGCGUCCACGGCGGCAGCGGCGGCCUCGGGCGCGGCGCAGGCAUGUCUGGCGCGCUGACGGAGCCUGACUUGAACAGCUUCCAGUACCCCCCCAGCCACAUCGCCUCCGCGUUCGCCCCGCACCACGGCCCUGGCGGCGGAGCCUUUGGCCAGGACGGAUCUCCUGUGAAGCAGGCGCCGCGGCCGCAGCAACCGGGCAUGGCUGGCGGCUGCCCCGAAGCCGCGCUGCUCGAGGGCAUGCAGGGCGCGGGCCCCGCCGGCCUGCUGAUGGGCGGCGGGCCAGGUGGCCCCGGCAUGCUCCUGCAGGGGGGGGCUGGGCCCGCGGGCCUCGGGCUCGGUGGCCCGGGCGGGCCCCUGGGCCUCUACGACCAGCAGCAGCUCGUCCCGCCAGGCAUGACACUCGAGGACUUGGACAGAACUGAGUAUACGACGCGCUCAGGGAGGAAGACGCACAGGACGCCGAUGAAACCCGAAAAGAGCUAA